AUGGUUGAUAAAAUUGAAAUGGCAUUAGACGAUAUUAUAAAGGCUGGAAAAAAAGGCGGAAGAGGCGGUGGCGCUGGAAGAAAAUUUGAUACCCGAAAACCAAGCCGUGGUGGCGGGGGUUUUCGGGGAAAUCGUUCUGGUGGUGUUCGGGGCAAAAACCGCGGCGGAGUAACAAAAUCAACAAAUUACACAAGGGGUGAUGUUAACAGCACAUGGAAACAUGACAUGUUCAAUGAAUUCAGUGACAGGAAGAUCCAACGAGGGGCACCCUUAUCUACUGGGCCAACCAAGCUCCUUGUCUCCAAUUUAGAUUUUGGAGUGUCAGAUUCGGAUAUCCAAGAAUUGUUUUCAGAGUUUGGCAUUUUGAAAAGUGCAGCUGUGCACUAUGACAGAUCUGGGCGAUCUUUAGGGACAGCAGAUGUAGUAUUUGACAGAAGAGCAGAUGCACUGAAAGCUAUGAAGCAGUAUAAUGGAGUACCACUUGACGGGCGUGCAAUGAACAUUCAGUUAGCAACUUCAGAAAUCAGCACAUUUAGAGCAGAACCUAAAACUAGACCUAUUGGAGGUGGACAAAUAAGAAGAAAUUCAGGUGGUAAUGUCAGAAAUUCAAACAAUGCAGGACGAGGGGUUGGUAGUAGGCGGGGCAGUGGGGGACGAGGAGGUGGUCCUCGGGGCAGACGUCCUGUUCCUACAGCUGAACAACUUGAUGCUGAAUUAGAUGCCUAUGUUAAGGAAAUUAAGUGA